AGGCUCCCCAACAUGUCUUCUCUUUGACUACUUCUGAGAGAUGUAUUUGCGCGCACUUUGGUUUUUAAGCUUCUAUCUUUCUACACAUGCAGCUGAAAAGUAGGAUGGUUGCCAGGGUGGACAACAUGAAUAAAAUCCUAUUUUAUAGGUCAGGUAUUUUGGGAAUAUGCCUGCAGCGUGCCACGUGCGUAAUGACGAGAAUGCCUCUAAAUAGAGGAAUUAAGGCCUCGAGGCUUUAAAAAGGGAAAGAGAGCAUGUCAGAGUUUACCGGGGGGCGGGCUGUAGAAAAGAAAUUACUCAUUUCUCACAUCAACACAGGUCCGGCACAUCCGUGCGAGUCUGUGUCACAACCGGACGGGUCUCCAAGUCCAUGGAUAAAAAGGAACAGAACGCACUAGAAUGUUUGUUGUGGGAGACAGUAACGGAACCUUCGGUAGUGGCAACAUAAGGUCGUCAUUCAUGAUAGAGGACAGAGCCGGUGGUGGAGAUCCCGGGGGCUCCACCAACAUCAUGAUCUUGGAGGCUUUUGCGCCACGGCUGCUGAAGUUUGCGCAGGGCGCCGCAGAGGCAGCAGCGGCAGCAACGACGUCUCCAUCCACUUCCAGUCCGCCGCAGGUCAUGGAGAUGGAGACGAACGGGACCCGGUGCGGCGAGCAUAUUCUGAGCUACGGCUGGUUUGAGAAAGUCCUGAUCGGCGGAGUCCUCACCAUGCUCACACUGUCCACCAUCUGCGGGAACUUACUGGUGGUCAUCUCCGUGUGUUUUGUCAAAAAGCUGCGCCAGCCGUCCAACUAUCUAAUCGUUUCGCUUGCCGUGGCGGACCUGUCAGUGGCCCUGGCGGUGAUGCCUUUCGUCAGUAUCACGGACUUGAUCGGUGGCCAGUGGAUAUUCGGACAGUUCUUUUGCAACGUUUUUAUCGCCAUGGAUGUGAUGUGCUGCACCGCGUCCAUCAUGAGUCUGUGCGUAAUCAGCAUUGACAGGUAUCUGGGUAUCACGAAACCGCUGACGUAUCCUGUCCGGCAAAACGGCUGCUGCAUGGCCAAGAUGGUUCUGUCAGUGUGGCUCCUCUCAGCCUCCAUCACCCUCCCCCCUCUGUUUGGCUGGGCACAGAACGUCAAUGACGGCAGAGUCUGCCUCAUCAGCCAGGACUUUGGCUACACCGUCUACUCUACAGCUGUGGCGUUCUACAUCCCCAUGUCAGUGAUGUUGAUCAUGUACCACAGGAUCUACCGGGCGGCCAAACUCAGCGCUGCCAAGCACAACAUCACCGGCUUCCCCAGGGAAGGAGAGUACAGCGAAGGGGUGGAUGCUCGGAGGGAAAGAGGACAGCAUGAGGCUCACCGGCCAGCUGUAUCAGGAGAAACAGGAAGUGUUGAAGGGACGGAGGCUGAACUGGAAGCUGAGGAAGAGGAGGAGAGCUUGGACUGCGUGGCGGCGGCGUUGAAGCUCCAGCGCGAGGUGGAGGAGGAGUGCAGCACGCGUGUUUCCCGCCUCCUCAAGACCGGUGAACACCACCAGCGCCGGAAGAGGAAAAACCAGUCCAUCUUCAAACGGGAGCAGAAGGCGGCGGCCACUCUGGGCAUCGUGGUCGGAGCCUUCACCUUCUGCUGGCUUCCGUUCUUCUUGGUGUCCACGGCCAGGCCGUUUGUCUGCGGAGUGGAGUGCAGCUGCGUGCCGCUCUGGCUGGAGAGAACUCUGUUGUGGCUCGGAUACGCCAACUCCCUCAUUAAUCCCUUCAUUUACGCAUUUUUUAACCGUGAUCUGAGGACCACCUACAGUAACCUCUUGCGGUGCCGCUACAGGAACAUCAAUCGAAAACUGUCAGCAGCUGGCAUGCACGAGGCUCUGAAACUGGUGGAGAAGCUGUAGGUCUGCCAAUCAGACACCACCAGAGACAACUGCCAGGGAAAAUGCCCACUGGGGCUUAGACUGUGGCCCAAGGCCACCACCCUGCCAGAAUGGUUAUUUCCCAAAAUGUGUACAAUGAUUGCUGAAGCAAGACAGGGUGUCUGUGAUUAAAUGGAUACACACAAAGGAACACGGAAGAAGCCCAAAAAAAGAUUUUGUCUGGAGAUUGUGAAA